UGAUUUGGAUUUACGAUAAUAGGGCUUCUUAGGAGUUGGACGUUUUCCUCUCUAUAUCUCCUUAGUGGAUAUGAUUCUGCCCUUGCUGUUACCUUGAGACGCUUGAUCGUAAUUUCGGUUUCUGGGUUUCUUCUAGCUCGUGUCAAGAUAUAAAUCUACGGAUUUGCCAUUGAUUUGUGCUCUCUCCUUUUUUACCCAUCUUCGAUUGCUAAAUCUCAUUGUACAGACAAUUUUGUUUUUUCUCGGAAAGUAGCUACCUUAGUGUUGAAGUUCAGUUGAGUUAGCAAUGAUCGACUCAGUCUUAUGAUAAAUGUCGAGCCUUAUAUAAAUCAUGUGUCAUACUUGGCUAGAUUUUUGCGCUCUGUGAUGUGUCUUCAAGUUUUAAUUUUUUUUUCUAUCUAUUCUAUUUCCCUGGCAGAAUGUCUUCAAGGGAGAGGAUUGGUUCUAAGCAUCAUAGCCGAGUGAGCCAAGACAUGUCAACUAGUGGAUCAUCAUCGAGGCACCACGAGACCGUCUCUUCCACUUCUGAUCACCGUCACCACCGGAAUUCUCAUCCCGAGGUUCUUGAAAACAAGAUUGCCGCUCGAGCUGCUGAGAUAGAGCGGGUCUCUAGUGACAACCGGAAACUAGCUGCAAGCUACGUAGCUCUCAAGGAAGACCUAACCGUGGCUGACCGUGAAGUCCAGGGGCUAAGAGCUCACAUCAGAAACACGGAAACAGACAGCGAGAUUCAGAUCCGAGGCACCCUUGAGAAAAUUGUGAAAUUGGAGGGUAUUGUCAACAACAGGGAGAAUAUAAGGAGGGAGCUGCAAUUAGCUCACAUUGAGGCUCAUAGAUUGGCCAGAGAACGCGAAGAGCUUGCUUCACAGGUGAAGUCGGCAUUGAAGGAGUUGAAGAAGGUUUGCAUCGAGUCUGAGGGUUUAGAAGCGUCGAGCCAAGAGCUUGAGCGGUUGAAAGAGGAGCACCAGAGAUUACGGGAAGAGUUCGAGGGAGAGAAGAGUGGGAACGUUGAGAAACUUGGGCUGUUGAAAGAGAUGGAGAAGAACAUUAUCGGAGCGGUUAAAGCGAUUGAGAAGCUGCGAAGUGAGAUCGCAGCCGCAAGGAGCAGAGCGGUUGAGAACUGAGAAUAAUUAGAGAUCUAAGGCCCAAUAGGCUCUCUUGUAUUUAGGAAGGAUACAAAGAACCAAAAUUGUGUUCUGAUUUUUUUCCUAAUAUUAAUAAGCAUU